AUGACUGACGCCUUCCUCGAGGUGGGUGAGAGGGUUGGGGAGAGGUGGGCGCGGGAGAGGGGAGUUGUGGGUGCGGGGAUAGGGCUGGGGGGUAGUUGGGAAGGGGCUGGGAGAUGGUUAGUCGUGGAGGGGGGUGGGGGUGGGGAUGGGGGAGGGGGGGGAGGGGGGGGGGGGUGUGUGUUGUGUGAGGAGGACCAUAUACCAGCAGUAGCAGAUCGCAUGGUGCUGCGCAAGCUGGUUCCAACAGACCGCAUCAUGGUGCUGCGUAAGCUCGCGCAGGACAUGCGCGAGUGGAUACACCGGCGGGUGAGCCAUGGGAUAAGGGGUGAUUGUUAUGGGAUGGUGCCGGUAAGCAAUGGGGGGGCCCGCGAGGAGGGGAGAAGGGGGAUUAGAAAAGACGGAGGGAUAGAGGGUGCUGGCACAGGACAUGCGCGAGUGGCCGGCCUGCGGGAUGUAGGGGCUCUCUCCUCUGCUCUUUGUCACCCCAUUCUUCCCCUAACCCUCCCCCCCUCCCCCUGCACGCCUCUUUCCAACGCGUCUUCCCCACUCCUCUCGCCCACACCACUCCACCACACCUACUCCCCACUCCCUCUCUCCUACCCCUCUCCCCCACGCCUUUCCCCCACGCAUUUUCCUCACCCCCCUCUCCCCCCCCCACCCCUUUCCCCCACGCAUUUUGCUCACCCCAUUCCCCCACCCACCCCCUUCCCCCACGCAUUUUUCUCACCCCUCUCCCCCACCUCUUUCCCCCGUGCAUUUUCCUCACCCCCCUCUCCCCCCCCAUCCCUUUCCCCCUCGCAUUUUGCUCACCCCUUUCCCCCACCCACCCCUUUCCCCCACGCAAUUUCCUCGCCCCUCUCCCCGUUCAAGAGGAUGCUGAUUUAA